UCUGCGCGGCUGCAGCUGCUCUCACCCGGGCCGGACGGAGCGGGCAGCGGGCACCAUGGAGCCCCCCUCGGCCUCGCCCCGAGCAGGGCGCGGCCCCUGGCAGGAGCUCCUGCUGGCAGUCUCACUCUUAAUCUCCUGGAACCCGCCCACCACUGCCCAAGUCACUGUGGAGUCCGUGCCUCCCAAUGCUGCUGAAGGGAAGGACGCUCUUCUGCGGGUCCUCAAUCUGCCUGGGGAUACAGCAGGCCUUACCUGGUUCAGAGGGGAAAUUGUAGCACCGGUCCAUCAAAUUGUAUUAUAUGUAGUAGACACACGAGUAAUUACCCUGGGGCGUGCACACAGUGGCAGAGAGAUAAUAUACCCCAGUGGAUCCUUGCUGUUCCAGAACAUCACCCUGAAAGACACAGGAUCCUACAGCCUACAAAUCACAAAGAGAAAUUUUCAAAUUGAACAAGUACCUGGACAGCUCCGCAUAUUCUCGGAGUUACAUAAACCCAGCAUCACAAGCAACAACUCCAGCCCCGUGGAGAAAACGGAUUCUGUAGUGUUAACGUGUGAACCUCAGACUCAGAGCACAAGCUGCCUGUGGCCAGUAAACAGUAAGAGCCUCCCGGACAGUCCCAGGCUGGAGCUGUCCCUGGACAACAGGACUCUCACUGUACAUGGUGUCACAAGGAAUGACACAGGACCCUAUGAGUGUGAAACUCGGAACCCAGUGAGUGCUGAUCGUAGUGACCCAUUCACCCUGAAUGUGCUCUAUGGCCCGGACACACCCACCAUUUCCCCCUCAGACUCCUCUUACCAUCUAGGGACAAACCUCAGUGUCUCCUGCCGCACAGCCUCUAACCCACCUGCACAGUAUUCUUGGCUUAUCAAUGGGAGGCCCCAGCCAUCCACACAGGAGCUCUUAAUCCCCAACAUCACUGCAAAUGAUAGCGGAUCCUAAACCUGCUUCUAUAACAAUGGCACCUGCCUCAAUAAGACCACAGUCAAGGCUAUCACAGUCUCUGCACCAAUGAUGUGA